UAUAAGUACCAUGGUGACACCCACGGCCUCUUUACAUUGUGUUGGGCUUCUCAAAGCUGUCUAAGGCUCUUGCCAGAGAGGUCAAAUACACAGAAGACAUGGCCUUCAAUGGAACAUGGCAGGUAUACGUCCAGGAGAACUACGAGGAGUUCCUCAGAGCCAUUUCACUCCCUGAAGAUAUCAUUAAGCUGGCCAAGGACGUCAAACCAGUGACAGAAAUCCAACAAACCGGCAAUGACUUCAUCAUCACAUCCAAGACCCCUGGGAAGACCGUCACUAACUCCUUCACCGUCGGAAAGGAAGCUGAAAUAACCACCAUGGACGGCAAGAAGCUCAAAUGCAUUGUCAAACUGGACGGAGGAAAGCUGGUGUGUCAGACGGAUAAAUUCUCUCACAUCCAGGAGAUCAAAGGAGGAGAGAUGGUUGAGACUCUGACAGUAGGAGGAACCACGAUGGUGAGGAAGAGCAAAAAGAUGUGAAGUGGCUCUUCAAGCUGACAGUUUGUUAAGAUGUCACCAAUUAUUUAAAUAAAGCUCUGAUUUAUAAAAAUCAAAAA